UAUUCAUCGUCUUCACCAUGUCUGAUAGUAGCGCCACCGACGACCACAGCGCCAGUUCCCCCGACGGGCACCCCUGCCAUCGAGACCACCCUCACAAGGUGGACCAGACCCAGGACCCGCCUCCUCUAGCCGUUACCCUCAACCUAGCUCCACACCCAGAGGGUGGCUGGUUCCGCGAAACCUGGACCGCCUCACAAAAACUCCAUCCAAAGGGGUACUCGGGUACGCGGGCAACAGCCAGCGCCAUCUACUUUGUCCUCGCGCCCAACGAGAAGUCAAAAUGGCACAUUGUACGCUCCGACGAGCUCUGGCUCUGGCAUCGCGGCGAUCCUUUGGAGCUACUCCUCGGUGGCAGCAAUGAGCAGCCUGACAUCAACCCAUCCAUAAUCCGUCUUGGUCCGUCACUGGAGGAUGGCGAAGUACCACAGGCCAUUGUACCGGGCGGGGUGUGGCAAGCUGCCCAAAGCGUCGGUGGCGAGACUCUCGUCAGCUGCGUUGUUACACCGGCCUUUGCCCAAGAAGACUUCCAUGUCCUGGACCACUGAUACCCCCCCUGGUUUAAAACACACUUGAAUAAAG